AUGGAAAUGGACCUACGGGCCAAGCUCGCAAACCUGGAGAGCGAGUGUAUGUCGUAUAUGAAGCUGCACACGCUCAGGCGACAAGACAUCUGCCUCGCUCUCUCCAAGGCCGACGAAGCCCACGAUCUGGCUGAGAUCCAUGACCUUGGCGCCAAUCUAGUCACGAGAUAUGAGAGACUGGGCGACUUCUGCGUCGAGCGUCUCAAGCGCGACUUUGGCCGGGAUGCCAAGCAUGAAAGAAAUGCCUACGCGGAGAGCGCGGACAAAAGCUGGUCUCUAGAUGCGGCCAGCGAAGCGGGUUCUGUUGACAUCGACAGCACGGCCAGCCAAGUUGGUGGUAUCGGCGCCAACAGUAUGGCCAUCGAGAGCACUCUCAAGAACAAAGAUGGGGAGAAGAAAGACUUGACUGUCAGUUUCGAAGAACCUAGGGUACGUAUGCAGAAUGGGGAUGAGAAGGUGGUAGGCUUGAGGAGAAGUCCCGAUCUGAGGACUAAGACAGGCCAGAGCUUUGAAGAUUGGCAAAAUCUCAUGUAA